AUGCCAACCAAGAGCGAAUAUUUAGCCUAUAGAUGGGGUCUUGCUAACUCAGAGGAGAAAGCAAUACUGUAUAAAUCGCGAGAAGACGAUCGAUCGUUUUUUAUUGAGCUUCAGCAGGGCUGUCGGAAGGACAACUUUUUCCUCUUUGACUUGUUAGAUUCCACGCUAUGGCCUGGAUUAGUCAAACUUGAUAGUAUCAUUCUGAAUCGAGGCGACGAAAGCUUAGAUACAAUCUGUUCAGUACUUUCAUCCCUGGCGGACCAGGAUGCAGUAAGAGCAUUUUACAGCAUGCAACAAACGUCUACGCGCAUUGCUGUUAUGGAGGGACUACCUCUUGAAAGGAAGGAAGCUAUUGCAAACAAGAUAACGGAGUGUGAGAUUAGCCGAUGGGAAUCGAUUUCUGCAAACCCAAGUGACGAGAACGAAUUUAUGGUUACAAACAAAUUCCUAGAUCGCCUAAAAGAUUCAGCCAAACUAUGA